UUAACAAAGAUGGUUAUGGAACGGACAUAAAUAGCUUUGGAUUGAAUCAUAUAGGCCUAACUUCAGUCAAUUUUCAACGAGAAUCCGCUAACAUUUGGUAUCAUUUCAAACUGAAUUGUAAAAAUAAUAAUUGUAUAAACUUGAUGGAAACAGGAUUCACAACUAAUUAUUUUGAUACAGACCGUACUAUCUCCAGAUAAGUACACCAAAAGAUAACAACGCAGUUAUUUUGCAUAUAAUUACGAUCAAGCAUUGGAUAACAACUUCAACAUGUUCAAUGUUUGUCUCAACUCUGGAAUCUUCAAUCAAAUAAAAACACUCGGACAGUAUGGAAACUGAUAAAGAUAUUUAAAUGCGUUUCGUUUGUCAAUAUACUGCCGGAACUCGGAUUACAGAAAAGGGUUUUAAAGAAGACGGUUUUAUUUGCUUUAUCAAUGCAGAAUUGCUAAUGUCAUACGGAGACAUUUUGAGGAAUCUGAACUCUAAUUAAAAUGCAAAGAAACGACAAAGCACGAGGUCGUCCACGCGCACAGACGUAUCCCUCAAUGCCCCCGACAUCGUAUUUGAAUCAUCCAGUCAAGGGUAGAGGAGGCAGCGAAGACGACGUCGAGAAGUCGGCAACCACGAGAGCGAUCGGGUAUUGCGACGAUAGCAAUGUCAAGUUCGUCAACCAGGAAGAGGAGCAUAAUCUAGUAGGAGUGAUGGACCGGUUGAGGGCGGCGAAGUCGAGAGCGAAGGUUGGUAGAAAUCAGGAGACAAUGAGGAUUCGCAAAGAUUGUUGGAUCCUGGAGUCGCAGAGGAAAGCGAUGGUGAAUUCGACGGUGGCGUUUAGUGACUUGUUGAGGUCGACCAGAAUGAAGAAUGCUCGAAUGGCAGCCCAAGCGGGCGAUGCAGAGAAAACUUCUGAUGUCGAAUCUCUAACUGGGACACCACCUAUGUCUCCUCGACUUCACACAAAGCUACUCCGAUGGAGAGGAAUCACUCUUAAGACUCAAGAAGCAUCAGAUGAAUCAUCAGAUGGCUCAAAGGCAUCUUCAACGGACACCGCUAACCCACGACUUCCUGAGAUAAGCAAUGCCUCACUUAAUCAACAGUACCAACUAAGAUUGGGCACAUUGUCAGGAGUAACUAAACAUGCUACAGAGUCAGAUGUAGGUGAGCACGGCCGAGGCCAUAGAAGUGAUGUUGAUGUCCUCAGUAAAAAGAUUACAUCAGGAAACAAGCAGGGAAGAAGCCAAAGCUUUCACAGCACCUUGCAUCCUCAAGAUGAACAGAGAUGGCAAUCGUCACCAAUGGACAGUCGGGGAACAGAAAGUAGGCUUCAUCAGGCAAAGAUAAUUAGGGAACAAGCGCUUUUGCGAAGGCGCCCUAAAACCGCUGCUCCGCAGUUGGCUUCUCCAGUCGACAACAGUGAAAACGACGUCCAUGAAAAAGCUCAGAGUCCACCAAACACUCCUGUAGCAGUAGGGACACCACCAUCGUCGCGCAGGCGAGCCCGAAGCAUGUCGUACAUGACGCCAGGACAAAGCAGCGUCUCGGCCUGUGGGAAAGUCCGAUCAGUGAAUGAGAAGACGAUCUCACUGCACGGAAGGACGACGAGGGAACUACGGAAAAUGACGCACAUUGACAACAUCGCUGCGGCAGAGUCGGAAGAGAGAAGGAAACAGAUCGAAGAGAGGAAGAAAGAGAUCAAAGAAAAGGAAAGGCUGGUGCUACAAGAAAAGAUUGAUGAUUUCCUGAAAAGAUUAAAUGACAUGACAAAAGAAGAGCUAAGUGAGAAACGCUCGAUUUAUUCUGGACUUACCGAGUCUGUUUAAGAAUAAACAAAUUUGCUCUUGCAUCUCUAAACAGUAGAGCUCACUCUCUACAGAAAUAUAACAAAACUGAGCUCAUAUUAUGUAAAAUGAUAAUAAAAUAAUAAUAUUAAUAAUAAUGGUAGAAGUAGUAAUAACAACAAUAACAAAUGAUUUAGUCAAAGAAUUUAGUAAGGCAUUCUUAAAAAUUAAAUAUCAAAGACCUCUAUCAAUUUGAUGUAUGAACAUUAUGUUGAUAUCAUGAAUUAUAUGUGAUAAAAAUGCACUUCAAACAGUCAAACUGCUUGUUGGGUAUUAGUCUACCAUAGUCAAUCUCCACAUAUCUCUUACUUCUCAAAGUAUUAUUAUAUGUAUUCCUCCCAUGAUUAUCCUCAUAAUGUGUCAGAUACUCUACAAAAUUAAAUAAUUGUGACUAUAAUGUAAAAUAAUAGAAUAGUUUCUUUGAGAUUCACUUAACACAGAAAGUAAGGGAUCUUUUGAUUUCAAUUUUAUAUUACAUUGUAGAUCAGGUUUCCAGAUCUGAAGGAUUGCCUUGUAAUACAAAAUAUUCGUUAUUAAUAAACAUUGAACUUUCAAUUCAUUUGUUGUAUUAUCCUCAAACUCUGCCCCCCCCCCCCCGAAUGUUCUUGCUUUUUUAAUAUUUUGACAGGACAGAUUCAGAAUGGUUGAAUUUCAUUUCUCAAAAAUCACAUUACUUGGAAAAUGAAUAAUGCCAACUACACACAAAAGACAUCAAAUUAUCAAUAAUUUAAUUUAAUCUUUUAUAUACAGAUUACACUCACCAUAUCAUAGUAAUUUUAAGUACUCAUGAAUGAAAUAUAUUCAUGUGUACUUACCCACAAAAGCAUACUUAAGUGUCCUUGUGUAUUUGAUUCAACUUUCAAGUAGGCAUUUUCAAAAUACCUAAAAAUGCGAAAAAUUUAAAGUGAAAAACUUGUCUUAUCCACUGCAAUA